AUGUCGGUUGCAGCAGCACAGCAAGCCGUCACCCAAGGCGCUCUGGAUGCUAUCUUCCACGAUUCCGAUAAUGUCGAACACAACUUCCCCGUACCCGUCCUACAAUGUCUUCAGAUCAAGCCCCUCGCUGCGCAACAGGGGCCAGGCGGCGCUCAACCUGAGCGCUACCGAGUCGUAUUGAGCGAUAUCCGCAAUUAUGUCCAGUGCAUGUUGGCCACUCAGGCAAACCAUGUCAUUCAUGAGGACAAGCUCGUCCGAGGAUGCAUUGUUCGGAUCAAGUCGUAUCAAGCAAACGCCGUAAAGGGGAAGAAUAUCUUGAUCAUUUUGGACCUCGAAGUUGCUACCGAGAUGGGUAUCCACGACCGAAUCGGCGAACCAGCCCCGUUCGAAGCCAAGCCGGCUGCUCCUGCUGCGAAUACUACUAUUGGUGGCACGGGCUUCUACGGCGCGAAGACCGAGUCUUCAGCACCUGUGAAGUCGGAACCGAUGCCGUCGCGUCCUGGGGGAGGUAGCGGCGGCGGCGGCGGUGGUGGUUCUACCAGCCACGGCAACAACGUCAUCUACCCGAUCGAGGCGCUCUCGCCUUAUGCACACAAGUGGACUAUCAAAGCCCGUAUAUCACAAAAGUCGGACAUCAAGACCUGGCAUAAGGCCUCUGGUGAGGGUAAACUAUUCUCAGUCAAUCUUCUCGACGAGAGUGGUGAGAUCAAGGCCACAGGUUUCAACGAGCAGUGCGAUCAGUUCUACGACCUCUUGCAAGAGGGCCAGGUCUACUAUAUCAGCAACCCCUGCCGAGUUCAGCUGGCCAAGAAGCAGUUCAGUAAUCUCCCUAACGAUUAUGAGCUGACUUUCGAGCGUGAUACGGUCAUCGAGAAGGCAGAGGAUCAAUCCAGUGUACCUCAAGUUCGCUUCAAUUUCAUCACCAUUGAAGGACUCCAGACGGUAGAGAAGGAAUCGACAGUGGAUAUUGUGGGUGUUCUCAAGGAUGUCGGCGAAGUCUCCCAGAUCACAUCCAAGAGCACAGGACGUCCGUAUGAUAAGCGUGAGUUGACUCUUGUCGACGACUCGGGGUUCUCUGUGCGUCUCACGAUAUGGGGCAAGUCGGCCACCGCCUUUGCAGCACAGCCGGAGUCGGUUGUUGCCUUCAAGGGCGCCAAGGUGUCCGACUUUGGUGGUCGCUCGCUUUCUCUACUGUCAUCAGGGACUAUGGCUUUAGAUCCCGAUAUCGAAGAAGCCCACCGAUUGAAAGGCUGGUACGACUCGCAAGGCCGCACAGACAACUUCAACACGCACAACAGCAUGGCAUCGAUGGGGUCUGCUACUGGCCGUCAGGACCAGACCAAGUGCAUCUCCCAAGUCAAGGACGAGAACCUGGGCAUGGACGAAAAUAAACCAGAUUACUUCACCCUGAAGUCGACCAUCGUCUACAUCAAGCAAGAGAACUUCGCCUACCCGGCGUGUCUCAACGAAGGCUGCAGCAAGAAAGUCGUUGAUCAGGGUGACGGUACAUGGCGUUGCGAGAAGUGUAACAUUUCGCACCCAAAGCCGCAGUACCGCUACAUCAUGAACUUGAACGUCAACGAUCACACGGGGCAGAUGUGGCUAUCGUGCUUCGACGAUGUCGGCCAAAUCGUCAUGGGCAUGAAGGCCGACGAGGUCAUGGAGAUCAAGGAGAACGACGAGGACCGCGUCCCGGCCAUCUUUGAGGCCGCCAACUGCUCCAAGCUGAGCUUCAGAUGCCGCGCCAAAAUGGAUACGUAUGGUGAGAACCAGCGGGUACGCUACCAGGUCAUGGGCGCCACUCCGUUGGACUACAAGGCCGAAGCCGCAAAGCUGUCGGAAAUGAUCAAGCAGUUCGAUAUCAACUCCUGA